UUUUAUAGAAAUUCUAAUAAAAUAUUUUUUAUUUUUAUUUUAUUUUUUAGAACUUUAAUCUCAAUCUCUUCUAAUUCGUGUUUAAGUUGUUGAAUAGGAUUAGAAAUUAAUCUACUAAGAUUUAUCCCCCUAAUUUCUAAUACAAAAAAUUUAAUAAAUACAGAAGCAACAUUAAAAUAUUUUUUAACUCAAUCUAUUGCCUCAAUUAAUUUUUUAUUUUCUAUUAUUUUGAAAAUAAUUUUAUUUAAAAAUUUUGAAAUAAAUAACUUUCUCUCAAUUAUAAUUAAUUCUUCUUUAUUAAUAAAAAUAGGGUCAGCCCCAUUUUAUUUCUGAUUCCCUAAUAUUAUGGAAGGACUUUCUUGAAUAAAUUGCUUUAUUUUAAUGACAUGACAAAAAAAUUCACCCAUAAUCCUCCUCUCUUAUUAUAUAAAUAAUAAUUUUAUUAUUAUCAUCAUAAUAUUAAAUGCUAUAAUUGGGGCAGUAAGAGGAUUCAACCAAACUUCUAUUCGAAAAUUAAUAGCUUUUUCAUCUAUCAACAAUUUAGGAUGAUUAAUAGCUAGAAUAAUAAUUAGAGAAAAUAUUUGAUUGAUAUAUUUUAUUUUAUAUUCAUUUUUAAAUUUAAUUUUAUGUUUUAUAUUCUCUAUAUUAAAUAUUUUUUAUAUUAAUCAAAUAAUAAAUUUUAAUUUCAUUUCAUUUAUUAAAAUAUAAAUAAUUAAUUUUUUUUCAUUAGGAGGUUUUCCUCUAUUUUUAGGAUUUUUCCCUAAAUGAAUUAUUAUUAAUUUUUUAAUAAGAAUAAAUAUAUAUAUUAUUUCUUUUAUUUUUAUUAUAUCUAGAUUAAUUAUAUUAUUUUUUUAUAUUCGUAUUAUUUAUCUUUCUUUUAUAUUAAUUUUUUUUAAAUUAAAAUGAUUUAAAAUUAAAAUUAAAAAUAUUUUUUUCUCAGUAAUUAACUUUUUCUUAUUAAUUUCUUUAUCAGGAUUAAUUUUAAAUACUUUUAUAAGAAAUUCUUUAAGCCUUAGAAAUUUUCACCUUAAAAUUUGCAAUUUUAUAUCAUAA